ACUUCAGCUGCGGACCGAACAGAGGAGCUUCAGAGAGCCUGACGACCGACAGAGGAGCGGAGCAGCCGGGCUGAGCAUCACUGAUGGAGUGAAACCAACAACCGCUGCUUCAACAUCAACCGCUUUAGGAGAGGAGAGAGAGCGCGUGCUCCGCGAAGCUUCACCAUGCUCUUCUAGCGCGAGCGCACACGGGUUCGCCUCUCAGAAAAUCAACUUUGGAGCCUUUAUUUUUACCUUCAUUCCUGUUUGGACCGUGAGCAACUUUUUCCUGUUUAAAUCUGCUGCGUAUUUCACUCGCUUGUUUGGAACCUGAGAAGCUUUGGACGAGAUGGAGAGCGAGAAGUACCUACCGGAGCUUCAGGCGGAGAAGGACACGCUGGACCCGUCCUUCCAGCACUCCCUGCGGCUGCUGGAGCAAGAGAUCGAAAAAAUCCAGAGAGACGAGGGGAAGGAGGAGGAGAAGUUCAUUGACGUCGUCAUCAACAAGAACAUGAAACUGGGCCAGAAAGUUUUAAUACCAGUCAAGCAGUUUCCUAAAUUUAACUUUGUCGGCAAACUCCUCGGGCCACGUGGGAACUCGUUAAAGAGACUACAAGAGGACACCCUCACAAAGAUGUCGAUUCUUGGAAAAGGAUCCAUGAGAGACAAAGAAAAGGAAGAAGAGCUACGGCAAAGCGGCGAGGCCAAAUAUCACCAUCUGAACGAAGACCUGCACGUUCUCAUCGAGGUGUUCGCGCCGCCAGCCGAGGCCUACGCCAGGAUGGGGCACGCUCUAGAAGAGAUCAAGAAGUUUCUCAUUCCGGACUACAAUGAUGAGAUCCGACAGGCCCAGUUGCAGGAGCUCACAUACCUGAACGGCGGCUCAGAGGAUGCCAAGGUGCCAUCGGUCAGGGGCAAGUCAGCCGCCCGUGGCAGGGGGACACCUGUUCCCGGGCCUCCAAGGAGUCGUGGAGGAGUUCCUCCCCUGCAUGCAGCAGUGCCACGAGGAGCUGCGCCCAGAGGAGCCCCGCCCAGCCGGGCCCCGUCCUCCAGAGGGAGAGGAGUCCAGAGAGCCAGAGGGGCCCCACCGGCUGCCAGCUACAGGGCGGCUCCGCCCAUAGUGCAGGACACAUACGAGGAAUAUGACUACGACGACAGCUAUGGAACUGCUUAUGAUGACCAGGGAUAUGAAUCUUAUGACAACAGCUACAGUAAUCAAGGACAAAACUCAGAUGACUACUAUGAAUACGGACACAGCGGGGAGUCGUAUGAAUCGUACGGUCAGGAAGAGUGGGCAAACAGUCGCGGCAAGGCUCCGUCGGUGCGGACAACCAAGGGAGCUUACAGGGAUCAGCCAUACUCCAGAUAUUGAACUGUUUAUGCAAGCCGCGCCCCAGUCCUCAUGGCAGUUUCAACUCAAGUAAUGGAUUUUUUUAUGGACGCUUCCCACCUUUUUAGAAUUGAAAACCAAUCUGCAAAGUAACACAAACAAAGCGCCGAACUGAAAGUAACGGAAUCCCCCCCCCCCUCCCAAUGAUAAAGAAA